UAGGAGCAUGUAAUUUGCGCAUCUUUUUGGUUUCUAACCUCAAAGCUCGAACGAUAUCCGCUCCAUUUCCGUGGGCUUAACGAGAGAGAGAGAGAGAGAGAGAGAGAGAGAGUUUCCUGAUUUCUUCUCGAGGAGUAAUCGCAAAAAGCUCUUCCCAAGAACGGAGAAAAUAUAGAUAGAUAUACCCUUCUUAACAAGAAUCUGCUCAAAAUUGAAAUUGCUCACCUCACUCUCCUUACCCCUAAUUCCCCCCACUGUCCACUGAUCUCUCUCUCUCUCUCUCUCUCUCUCUCUCUCAUGUAUGCUCGGUAGAGUCUAAGAGUAACGGGUUGUUUGGUGGCGGCGGGCAGUCUGUUUGAUGGCGGCGAGUGUGAACCCGGGCGACGGCGGUUCGCCUUCUUCGUCCAUGAAUGGCGGAAGCCCAAACAACGGCGGUGGUUCGGGGGCGGGGCCGACUCCGACGCCGCCGCAGCAAGCGGCAGCUGACAAUUCGAGCGGGCACACUCAGACGCAGGCCGUGUUGAGACACAACCCCGGUCUUUCCUCGGAGUGGACUCCGGAUGAGCAGUCGACCUUGGAUGAAUUGCUUCUCAAGCAUGCAUCUGACUCGAUCAUAGUUCGGUAUGCAAAGAUUGCAUUGCGGUUGAAGGAUAAGACAGUUAGAGAUGUCGCACUGCGUUGUAGAUGGAUGACUAAAAAGGAAAAUGGCAAGCGAAGGAAAGAAGAUCAUAAUUCAGCGAGAAAAAGUAAAGACAGAAAGGAAAGGGUUAUGGAUCCUUCUGCAAAGUCUUCAUCUCAUUUAACACCCCGUCCCAAUGGCACUCCAUAUGCUCCUCCAAUGGUCCCAAUGGACAAUGAUGAUGGGAUCUCAUACCAAGCCAUUGGUGGUGCAACAGGACAGCUUCUUGAGCAGAACUCUCAGAUUUUCAAUCAAAUUUCAUCAAAUAUUGCAGCUUUUCAGAUACACGAUAACAUCACUCUCUUCUGCCAAGCUCGGGAUAACAUUCACAAGAUCUUGAAUGACUUGAAUGACAUGCCGGAGGUAAUGAGACAGAUGCCACCUCUUCCGGUGAAGUUAAAUGAUGAGCUUGCCAACUCCAUCCUUCCUCGACCUUCUUUGCAGAAGAAAUCAUAAUAAUGGUCUUUAGUCUUAGCAUACUAACAGUGCUGCUGACCGAAUCGCUUUGAAUCAAAUGUAGGAGCUGAAUAAGCAGAUCACUUGAGUCUCGGUCUCAUUUUUCAAUGUCAUACGGCUCAAGUGCCAUAGAUUUCGACAUUUCUGGAAUAUAAGAAAUGCUGUUUGUUGCUGCCUUUGCUCUCUCUUCCCUCUUUUUCCUUUUUCUUCCAGUCUUUGUUUAGUGUUGUGAAUAAUUUGUUGUUUACAGUGGCUGUAUAAAUGUAAAGCACAAAAUAAACUGGAUUUCACAAUAAAUGCUGAUGUUCUAUCAACCAA